CUUCAUUCUGUGGGCGUGUGGAAGACUAUGUCUGGGCAAGAACCUCGAAAAAAAGCCGAAAUAGGUGGAAGAGAUGUUUCCGCGAAAACAUUUAAAGAUUGUACUAUAGGACAUUACAUGGACAUUAAUGGAGUAAUAUCUCACUGGGAGAAUUUCCACUGAUGCCCGGCGUGGGUGAGAUCAUGGAGCAUGAAGAGGACUGGGGCAGCAUCAGCGACUCUGAUCUCCUGGAUAUUCAGUCAGAGCAUUUCUGCACGGAAGUAUUUUCUCAGCCAUCCUGCUCGAGUGCCACUGGAGACACACAUAAUAACAGUCCCAGUGCUCUCACAGCAUCACUGCACACCAUGGUGGAGAAGUUCAAGCAGAGUCCUGUUAAAAGAAAUGAGGAGACGGGUGUGAAGAGGAAGAGAGAUGCUGACGACGACCGUAUCCCUCCUUUGCGUUUUGGGAAGCGUUACCUCGGUGUCAGUCUGCUGUCUGAGCAGACCUGGUGUGAGAAGAAAGUAGUAUAUGGCAUCCUGAAACCCCAAAUCAGGAAAAGAGAAAAGCAAAGAAUUGAGGUGCAGACUGGUACUAGCAUUCAUCUAGCAAGAGAGUUGGAGGUCCAUGACGUUGUACCGAUUUCAAUUCAAUCUCAUGAGGAUGCUGUGUCUAUUAGUCUGAUCAACAUGUUAAGCAUGAUUCCAUGUUUUGAGACGGGGCUGUGUGUGCGUGAGUUUCCAGUGUUUGGUAUAGUAGAAGGAGUGUAUCUCAAGGGUGUCAUUGAUGAGCUGAGUUAUAACCAGAAGGGGGAGCUGGUGUUGAAGGAGCUGAAGACUCGCAGGCAAAACUCUCUGCCUGGUGCUUCCCAGGCUCACAGCCAUCAUUUUCAGGUGGGCUUGUACAAGCUUCUGUUUGAUGCACUGGUAAGGGGGGAAGUGAAGAAAGAGCAGAUUCUGGAGCAUCUGAAACUAAGAGUCUCACUGGCUCUUGGAACUGAGGUCAUAGCUCGCGCUGCAAAAUGUGGGAUCAAUAUUACCACGUUUGGUGAACUGCUUGAUGCCUUCUUUCUCACAAUGUCCUGUUCUGAUCUGCCAUGUGUCGACGUGCUUCAGCUGGAGUACUGUCACCAGGCCUCUACCAGCAUCAUUGACAAUGUGUUGGUGCCGUUUGACGAGUCCCAGCUGAGGGCAGAGCUACAACGAAACCUGGAAUACUGGAGAGGACAGAGAGAGCCAAAGGGGGUGGAUAUAGAAGAGGCUUGGAAAUGUACAUGGUGCACCUUUGUGGAGAUCUGUGACUGGAAGAAAAACAGAUCUCAGGUCCCUGAGAGUUUUCACAUGAACUAACAAAGUUAUUAAGCAACGUCCAUGACCAAUUAUCAUAACAAUGUCUUUUAUAUAUUUAUUUUUAUAUAUUAUUUUGAAAUGUGUUUCUAGUAAGCAUAAGAUGUUAAUCCUAUUUACUGGAAUUUUAAAAAAGUAUUGAAUGUAGAAACAAACAUAAUGUAGCAUUUAUUUAUUUAUUUUACAAUGAUUGUUUAAAACAUAGUGAUAAGAGAAUUAAUCUAUUAAACUGUCUAAGGGCCUUUUAAUCAAUUUUAAUUAUGUAUGUUUAAUUUAAUCUUGAUAUGAGUAAUAAUGACAAAUAAAGACAGUCUUAUAACAAACACACAGAACAUUAUCUUUU